AUGGAUUACAUACUCUCAGUUUUGGAGCUUGAAAAGGUUACGGUUGUCGAUACGAGUGAAGCAAAUGUUCCACCAAAUAUUGUGGAAAUGACUUGUCCUGGGAAACCGAUCAUAAUGUAUCAAGAACAAAAAAAGGUAAACUUUUUAUUACAGUCGUUGUGA